AUGAGUCUCCGGACCCCACCCACACUCCUGAGGCUGGCAGGAGAGAGCCUGCUGAGGGACCAGGCCUCAGCCAUCGCAGCUCUGGAGUACCUGCCUGCUGAGCUCUUCCCGCUGCUCUUCAUUCAGGCCUGCUGGAGGAGAAUGCAGAAGCCCCUGAAGGCCAUGGUGCACGCCUGGCCCUUCACUGUCCUUCCUCUGGGCUGCCUGUCACAGAUGUCCCUGAAUAAGCUCUUAAAAGCCGUGUUGGACGGGCUGGAUGUACUGCUUGCCCAGGAGGUUCCGCCCAGGAGGUGGAAACUGCGGGUGCUGGAUUUCAGGAACACGGGAGCUAAGUUCUGGAGAAUGUGGUGUGGAGACAGCACCCAGAAGUGCUCACGGACAGAACCAGUGGCUGUGCACAGCUCCAGCCCCAACAUGGAGCACCCCUUGGCUCCCUUGAAGGUGUUCCUAGACCUUAAUUUCAAUGAAAGGGACGGGGAUGAGUUUCUCAAGUACAUCAUCCAGUGGGCCCAGCAGAGGGAAGGGUUGCUACACCUGUGCUGCAAGGCGCUGAGCAUUUCUGAGGGGCCCUUCCAGAGGGUCAGGAGGGUCCUGGAUGGGGUGCAGCUGGACUGCAUCCAGGAGGCGGAAAUGCUCAGCUUGCGGCACCUCCAGGAGCUCGACAUGGAUUCUCCCUUCUUCCUCCGAGGCCGUCUGGACCAGAUGCUCAGGUGCCUGCAGACCCCCUUGGACAAACUCUGCAUAACCAAUUGCCAGCAGCUGACCCAUUCAGACCUGACACACCUGUUCCAGUGCCCGAACCUCAGGCAGCUGAAGUCCCUGCAUCUAUUUGGUCUCAGCCUCGCAGAUUUUAGUCUUGAGCCCCUCCGAGCUCUGCUGGAGGCAGUGGCACCCACCCUCGAGGGCCUGGGCCUGGAUAACUGUGCGAUGGCAGACUCCCAAGUCGAGACCAUCCUGCCUGUCCUGAGCCGCUGUCACCAGCUCAGGGGCUUCACCAUCUCUGAGAACAACUUUUCCGUGGACACCGUGGAGAAGCUGCUGCGCCACACAGCCAGGCUGAGCAGUUUAGAGCUCGAGCUGUACCCAGUCCCCCUGGAAUAUUACAGGAUCCAGGGGACUGUCAACGAGGAGAGACUUGUCCUGCUCCGGGCUGAGCUCACGGGGAUACUGAAGGAGUUAGGACAACCCAGGAGCAUCUUUCUUGGCACCAAGUACUGUCACAACUCUGGCAAAUGUAAAGUUUAUGACGCGGAGUUUUCAUGA